GAGUGAGACAGGACAGGUGAGUUUUGGCCCGUGCAUCAAUGAGCAUCCCAGAUAAAUAUUGCAAACUUUGAUUGUGCCCUCUCCGACUGAAGCAUAAUAUCAACUCCACCGUCAAUCGAGUAUACAGCCAUAGUUAUGUCUAGCAGUACGCUUUCUUCCAAGAGAGCUUCAAGCUCCACAAGCACACCUUCCUCUGAGCACGAGACAAAGCGCGCCAAGAAGUCGGAUGCCCCACCCAAGCAAUACGUCUAUGUUGUUUUGCAUGAAACUUCCUUUGGAGGAGAUCACACAGCCGUGGAAGGCGUCUUCUCUACCGUUGAAGAUGCGACGAACGGGUUGAAGAAAAUUGUCAAUCGGGAGUAUAUCCACUUGUAUGAAGAUGUUGAAGAAGCGGGCAUUGAAGUCACAGAGCGUAAUGGUCUGGUGAAGUGGCAUAGUAGUGAUGCUGGGGAAGGGGAAGAAGUUAGUCUUUAUGUACAGAAGCAUAGUCUACGAGCACCGGGCUCGAUAAGGCAGCGAGAAUGGGGCGUCGAGUCUGGCGAUGAAGACGUGGUGGAAGAGAAACAAGAAGACGGGGGAGUGGAAGAUAUGGAGGAAUAAUUUGACGGCAAUAUCAUUUGGGGCUUUGGUCAGCCAUCAUCUCCGACAAAAGUUUGAAUUCGGCUCAUAUUUGGGUGGCCUCAAUCACUUGUCAAGAAAAGUUGUCCUUCAUUGUUGAUUUGUUCAUUUUCGACACGACUAGCUCCUUACUUUGGCAAUGGGAAAGCGGGUCUCUACUUGAAUGAACCCUUUGGCGUUAUUCAUCUAAUUUAUGAUCAUUUUUUAUGGCACGGCUGAUGGACUCAAGGAAGGGAAACGAUAGGUGAUUUCGACAUCAAUCUAUCGAAUCGGAACGAGGAAUUCAAGGGCCAGGGAAGACAACAAUAUACAGUUUUAUUCCUCGUAAUACCAUGGAUUCUCAAUAUGGAUUUGCUUUCGAUACUAGCUGUAGGACUUGGAUUCCGUAAGCAAAGACUACCUAAGUUGGUUUUGUGUUGCAUUUUCUAGUGUUUCGUCUCUUGAAGUGAUCGUACGUUGACUAAUUCGUGUAGGACUGGGCCAUGACUAUCACUCCUCGGGUUCUCUGCAAGCCCACGACAAUCUAUACUCUCUGAAGAUAAAUCUUUCAGUGAAAAUCAGACGGGGAUCCAGUCUACAUAUAUACCCUUUUGACCGAUCAAGCCUUCCUGGAUGAAUGCUAAUCGUAAACGGCCAAUUUAUGCAUUUAUCGUAGUUUCCAGAGCGAGCAAGAAAAUUUAGGGCGGAUCCUUCUCA